GUAUUUCCUUUUAUUCUUAUUAUGGUUCUCCUACCUACUUAGACACCGUGUUCAAUAAAAUACCAUUUUGGUGUCAACUGACGGGAAACCAAAAACCACGAUAAAUAACAUUUAAUUGAAUGUUUAUCGAACAGCCCCCCGUCGCAACUCCACAUCACCAUGAUAUGAGGCAUCGCAGGCCAUGUCCUGCCCAGCCUUCACCCCAAUUUUAAUGAAAGAUACCCUUGACGACAGCAGCGACUACGGAUCCGACUUCACCCCGGAUGAAGAGGAGACCUUGAACGAACUCCUCGCCAAAGCCGCCACGGAACACGCGGCUCUCCACACGACACCGCCGCCACCCCAGCAAUCGACGACAGAUACAACCGUGAAGGAGGCAUAUUUCGCCGUAGCCGAUAUUGAGGAUAGCUAUGUUGCUCCAUCGAGCUCUCGGACGCCCAGGAUGCUGGGGCCCGUAUGGCAGGUUUCUAGGACGGGGAGAGCAGGUCCGAUGGCGAAUGGGGGCGUCGCGUUUGUUGAACAUGAGAAUUCUACGGAAGGGCGGGUGAGGGAGCGCGAGAGACAUGUUGCCCGUGAGAGGGAAUGGACUGUCGAUGCCGAUGCCAAUACUGGUGCGGAUACGCGGUCGCCGAUCGAGAGGUUUCGGAAACCGCCUAAUAAGGCUUUUUCGGCCACGGAUUUGAUCUCGCCGGCGUGGUGCGAGUUGCAGUAUUGGUAUACGUUGACGAAGUUUGGGAGGAAGAGGAGGACCCCGGCGAUGAAGCAGGGGAGUACGAUACAUAAGACAUUAGAGGAUGAGAUUUGUACGACGGUCUCGGUAGAGAUUACGACGAAGGAGGAUGCGCUGGCGCUGAGGAUAUGGAAUAUCAUACAAGGGCUACGGAUGUUGAGGGAGUUUGGUGUCACUCGGGAGCUGGAAGUGUGGGGGCUGGUGGAUGGUGAGCUGGUAAAUGGUGUCAUUGACCAGCUCUCCUAUGAGUGUCCGGACCCAGAUUUAGAAGCGACGGCUGCGUCGUACUAUGCCGAUGUGGAGGCGUCGAGGGCUGUGUUGUCCGAGUAUCAAAUGUCGCUCUCGGAUUACUUGUUGUCUCCGUCACAGGGUGGUAAACGGCUCUCGGAUAUAUCCUGGCAUGAUGAGCCACAAGACAGCUUGGAUGACUCCAUAACUGGCAGACAAUCCUCAGAGGCAUUCAAUUUGCCUCGGAUAUACAUGACAGACGUCAAAACGAGAGCUAGUGACUCUGUUCCCACUGUGAAGAGCUCGUCGUUCCGGCCGACGCUGCUUCAACUCCAAAUAUACUACCAUAUGCUCAACCGACUUGCUACCAGCGACGAUGUGUCUAUUGAACUACUUGCCUCGCGCUACAACCUGGAUCCUACACGCACGUUCACCGAGACCUUCAUAGCCGAAGUAGGUGGCCUGAACGACCAAUUCUUCGACACCCUUUCGUCGCAAGAGUUUGAGUACGACUUCGUUUCAUUACAAGGAGAGGCUACUAAACGACAAGGGUCAGAAUUUACAGACUCAACGCCGUCCGGAAGCCAGGACUCGACCAGUAUUCUUCUAGCGCACAACAACUUAUCUAGCCUGUGGAAUCUGAUGAAAGAACAACUCCGACUCACCUUUCUCCCACCUCCACAUUCGUCACCGGUAUCAGUGGCACCAUCGAUUCCUUCUGAGUUUCAGCCUGGCUUACUUGAGCCUUAUCCAACUGUACUAUCGCCUGUCCUCACAGCCCGAUACCUUUCAUCAGCCCCAACAACAAACCACGCCCGAGUGCUGGGCAGCCGAUCUUUUCUAUUUGACCCUGUAACCCUGACAUCGUAUCUGUCCGACCAGAUGGAGUGGUGGCGUGGGCAGCGUGCCCCACGCGGCGUCGAAGUCACGGAGGCGUGGAAAUGCCGGAUUUGCGAGUUCCGAGAUGAAUGUUCCUGGCGUCAAGAACGUGAAUUGGCUUUUGCAAAACGUAGACGGAGAAGGUCGUCUUUGGCUGUGUAAUACUUUAUUGUUCGUGUAUAUUGUUGGGUCGUUGGUCGGUGUUUGGAAGGUUAAUCUACAUCAGGAUUCAGUUUAGGAGGUUCUACUGUGUCUACUAAUGUGUUUGGGGUUUCGAAGUCCCGUUCAACUUCUAAGACUUGGGAGAAUCACAGGAUCCAGAGAUGGUAUGAUCAUAAGAGGUAUAUCUAGUUUAACCUCAACGAUACAAAAUCUAGACUAAACAAAAAGCAAAGAAGUAAAAGGAAAUAUAUAUAC